GUCGCCCUGGUGGCGGCAGCGGCUGUUUCAAUGGCGAGGACUCCGGACGGCUUCCAGCCCGGGUCGACUACGGAUCUCAUCGUGGACUACAAUGGGAUCACGGCGCUCAACGGCGCAGUCAUCAGCAAAGAAGCAACCGCAAACCAGCCGCUAAUAGGCACAACCACGCGACUGCUGGGAUCAUCAUACGCCGUGCUCAUGAUCGACUUGGACAUCCCGACGAACACGCCGCCGGCAACAAACACGCUGGCCCACUGGAUCCAGACCGGCCUGACUCCGGCGACAGCGGCCACAACGCUCAACACCACGCGGGGCACCAUCCAGGCGUUCCUGCUGGAGAACAAGGGCAACACAGCAGCUAUCGCGCCGUACUUUGGGCCGAGCCCGCCGGCUCGGAUCCCGCUGAGCCACCGGUACACGCAGAUCCUGGUCGACACUAGCAGCAUCACGGCGCAGGGCCUGCAGACGCUGAGCACGGCGGUCAACGCCAGCCGGGUCGGGUUCAACGCGGGCACGGUUCUGGCGCAGGCGAACUUGGCCGGCAAGGUCGUGGCAGGCAACUUUUAUAACGUCACCAACCCGGGCCCCGUCCAGGCC